UGUCUUUUGGUGUGUUACGCUGUGCUAAUGUGAAGUGCUGAUGACCUGGGUGAUGGGCAAAGGGAGGACUGAAGAGCUGAAGUGCUGCUUACAUGUCACAACUCACAUGUCACAACUCAUUUGAUCCACACAUUCACAUUGGCCUUUGUUGCAACCGUGUCAUUCAUUUUCCCCUCGCACAUCACGUUCAGAUCUUGUCGAAUAGCGUGUGCUCCUUUCCAUCGCACACACACACACACACAGACACACAGACACACACACAACACACACACACAGUGCUUGUGAACCAUGAAGCCAGCGACGAUUGCGGCGCUGGUGACGCUCGGCGUGGCUGCGAUUGUCCUGAUCGCCGUCAUCGUCAGCUCCAUCACCCGCGUCAACGACGACGAGGCGUGCCAAAUCUUCUACCAGGACGGCAACCGCAUCAUCACAAAGGAAACAUCCGGCAUUGUCUUUCUCGGGCCCGGCGCCCAGAAGUUCUGCCUGUCCAGAGCCACACAGCACCUCAUCUUCGAGGAGGAGCAGACGGGCCUGCAGAGCACAAUCGAGGCGCGCAGCGUGGAGGGGCUCACGCUGACGCUCGAACUGGACAUUGAGUUCCGCUACAUCCCGGAGCGCAUUGCAGAGACGGUGUUGCGUGUUGGCUACGACCGGCCCGAGGACCGGCUUUUGCGAACAGCGCGCGCAGAGGUGCGCAACGUGGCGAGCCAGUUUGGCGUCACUGAGUUUCUCACGGGCAGCCGCGCAAGCAUUGCGCUGGCCAUCCAGCAGCGGCUGCAGACGGUGCUGCGCGAGCAAGACGGGGUGUUUGUCUCCAUCAUCCAAGUCAACCUCUUGCAUAUCCAGGUCUACACGCCCUUCGAGCAGAAGUUCCAGGAAGUCGAGGACAGGAGGCUUGCACAGAUUGUUGCGUCGGAGAAUGUGACGCUGAUUGAGAUUGAGGAGAACCGAGAGCUUGAGACGGCGAGCAUCGCUGCAGAGGCCAACCGGAACAAGCUGCUGCGCGAAGCCAUGUCCCGAACCGUCACGGCCGAGCUCGAGCAGCAGCGCCUGAUGACAGAGGCUCGCACGGCUGCACAGCAGGCGCAGAUACAGGCGGAGUCCGACCGCAUUGGCCGCCUCAUCCGCGCACGCACGCAGCUCGACGAGACCAUUGCCCGCCGCGAGUUUCUAGUGCAGCAGGUGCACCGCGAGGCAUCUGCAAACCAGACGCUGUCGGAGACAGAGCGCCAGAACGUGGUUGUGCGGGCGGAGGGCGAGGUGCGGCGUGCCCUCGCCAACCGCACGCGCGACGUGCAGCUGGCACUGACCAACCAGACGCGCGCAGUGGAGGCGCUUGUCUCGUCCGCCAUCAACAGCACCUUGCAGGUGUUCCGCACGCAGCUGCAGUCCAACUUCACCGCAGCGGCCACGGAGCUGCGCGGUCGCGGGCGGGCGGCAGAUAUCCGCGCAGACACGCGCGCGCACGCUGCGGAGUACAUUGCACUCCAGCGCUCGCUCAACCUGACCGACCGGGAGCUGGCAAGCGUGCUGCUCUAUCGUGGCCUGCAGCGCCGAACAGACUCGGGCAACCUCUCUGUUCUAUUCAACUACGCAAAGCAGCCGUUCAACUUCCUGGAGCUUGGUGACCGGCCCGUGCCCGUCUCAACGGCAACCACGGCUUCAACCACACCAGCACAACAACAGCAGCAGCCACAGCAGCAGCCAGCAGGCAACUAGCUCGAGACGCCUGUUGUUGCUGAAUGGGCAUGUUGGAGCGAGGGAGAAUGAGCGCGCGCGUGUGUGAAAGAGGAAGAAUGAGAGAGAGUGUGUGUGUUGUGUUGCGGAGGGGAAGAGAAGGUGGGAGUCUGUGACAUGAACGUGAGUGACCGUGAGUGAUUAUUGUAGUGUGGUGCGGUAUGAUGUGAAGUGCUUGGUUCCUGUUCUUGUGGACAGCAUCGUCACGUGCGAGCUGUUUGCUGUCGUUUCUCGUGUGUCUGUCCCUCUUGCUGAAUGCUUGUGUAGUGUAUGGUUUGCUGGCCUGUGCGCGCGAUGGGCAGUGCCUCAAGCGGUUUGUGUUGCAGUGAUUGCUUAACACGAGGAGGCAAAGAAAGGAAGAGGGAGUAAGGAAGGAAUGCAGUAAUGAAACAAUGAAGCAACGCAGCAACG